UGUGUGCAUUGUAAGUGUCGCCGGGAGGAUCAUGCAGUGACAGCCAUGCCUGUGGAAAUGGAGAAGACGGUCACUAAGCUGAUGUACGACUUUCAGAGGAAUUCUACUUCGGAUGAUGACUCUGGAUGUGCCCUGGAGGAGUACGCCUGGGUACCACCAGGCCUCAAGCCUGAACAGGUCCACCAGUACUACAGCUCCCUCCCUGAGGACAAGGUGCCCUACGUUAAUAGUCCGGGAGAGAAAUACAGAAUCAAACAACUCCUCCAUCAGCUGCCACCCCACGACAAUGAGGUGCGUUACUGCAACAGUUUGGACGAUGAGGAGAAGCGGGAGCUGAAGCUCUUCAGUAACCAACGGAAACGGGAAAACCUUGGCCGUGGCAAUGUCCGGCCUUUUCCUGUCACGAUGACGGGUGCCAUCUGUGAACAGUGUGGCGGGCAGAUAAAUGGUGGUGACAUUGCGGUGUUUGCAUCUCGCGCCGGACACGCCUUGUGUUGGCACCCGGCUUGCUUCGUGUGCAGCAUGUGCAAAGAACUCCUGGUGGACCUCAUCUACUUCUACCAAGACGGGAAGAUCUACUGCGGCCGGCACCAUGCGGAGAGGCUGAAACCGCGCUGCACAGCUUGUGAUGAGAUCAUCUUGGCAGACGAGUGCACUGAAGCGGAGGGACGUCACUGGCACAUGAAGCACUUUUGCUGUUUUGAGUGCGAGACUGUGCUGGGGGGCCAACGCUACAUCAUGAAGGAGGGAAGACCGUACUGUUGCUCCUGCUUUGAAUCCCUCUACGCCGAGUACUGUGAUUCCUGUGGAGAACAUAUUGGUAUUGACCAGGGCCAAAUGACGUAUGAUGGGCAACAUUGGCAUGCCUCUGAUAGUUGCUUUUGUUGUGCCCGCUGCAAACGCUCCCUUUUGGGUCGACCUUUCUUGCCCAAGCAGGGGCAAAUCUUUUGCUCCCGCUCUUGCAGUUUGGGCGAGGAGCCCAACGGCUCGGACUCCUCCGAUUCUGCCUUUCAAAGUGCUCGCUCCACCAGAGAGUCCAGGCGUAGCUCCAAGGCACCAAAGAGUGGUGGUGGUGGACAGACAGAGACGUUAUCUGGUGAGGUGGACCCGUUGUCUUUACAAAUGGACUUACUGAGUCUCUCCAGCCAGACCGCAAGUUUGACACGCGAUCCACCUACCUGGCAGAACCAGAACAAAUUUGAAUCCCCUCCUGAUCCGACGACUAACCCCUGUCCUCUGCAGCUCCUCAGCCAGUGCAAUGUCAGAACAGCCUGUAACCCUCCCUGCACUGCACAGAACAAUCAACAACAGGACCCUAGGAUCAAGGAGAACGGCGGUCUAAAGAGACCACCGAUGUCUGCUCUGAAGGGUCACUCUCUGAAUGAGAUGUGGUUCCAACAGCCAGCUCCAGAUGAUUACUAUCCUCCAAAGCUGAGGACCCAGAAGAGUUUCACUGAGGUUUCUCAGCUCACGCAGCAUAACAGCAGCUUCUCCACAGACAAGCGCUCCAUCAGUUUGCAUGGCUUUCAGAAGGACAGAGACUCAGCCCCUCCGCCAGCCCCCCAUGUGGCCAGAAGCAGGAACCCCAUCAACGCACUUAACUUCACCGAGCAACUGACCCCAUUGGAACAGACCCCGAGAGGAUCCAUGGAGUCCUUGGCCCUGUCCAACACUACAGGCAACUCAGCUGAAGGAGGCGGAAAGCGACAGGAACACCUGUCUCAUUUCUCCAUGCCUGAUCUGAGCAAAGAUUCUGGAAUGAACGUCUCAGAGAAAAGCAACAUGGACACCCUUAACUCCUCUGUUCAAUUCCGGAGCUCCGACUCCCUUCAUAGUGUCAAUGGAGGUCAACCCUACAUGGAAAUAAACCCCUCUAGGUCCUCUCAGUACCAGUUGCAGUACUGUGAUACAUCUGGAAUAGGAGUUGGCAGAAAUGCAACUCAUUUACCAUCUGGAUUCACCUACCAGGAGGAAGACAGGAUGGGUUUGGUGAGCAGUGCCAACGCUGCUCGCCUACCACCCAUAAGUGAACGCAGAGUGAGUGGCGGCGUCGGUCGUAAUGCGAGAGGAGCAAGUGUUAGAAUUGACGUUCCUGAGGAAACUCCUCAGAGACGUAGGCACCAUCACCACCGCUCCAGAAGAUCCAGACGUUCGCGUUCAGAGAACGCUCUCAACCUGGUAGCAGAGCACCGGGUGAGACCUCAAGAAAGACCGCAACUUUACGUUCGAGAGGACUACGAUCGCUUCCCCCUACCAAGGAGCGCCAGAGACCACUUUGGAGUCGGAGGAGGGAGAUACCAGCCUCAACUGUUUAGACAGUGCCCCAGAACGACAUCUGACCUCACACUCCAGAACCCUGCAGCCGGACGGCACACAGGCUUGAAUCAGUACACAUGGGAUGACUAUGAAGAUGACUGGUGUUCCACCUGUUCUUCUUCAUCGGAAUCCGAAGACGAAGGUUACUUCCUUGGUGAGCCGAUACCCAGACCCCUCCAGAUGCGCUACCUUAGCAAUCAGGAGCUUGUCCACAAGUACAGCACAGGGAUGGGAGGAAGCAACAGAAGUGCACAGUUGAGCACGCACAAACGACGGAAAAGCAAGAACUGCAUUAUUUCGUAA